AAAAUGAGAAAAGCAUUGCAGGCAGGUGCUGGCCUGGCAGGGAGUAAGUUGAUAGAAACAGGUAGACAAAUCUGAGCCGUCGAAGAGGGUCCACGACACACAAUCAGCUAACAAGUCAUCUGCCAAUCCAACACCCACCUGGAGAUCAAACUCUGCGCCCGUCUCCGGUUCUCCCUCUCUCCGCAAUUCGCCGGAAACAGCCGCUCGCCGUCCCCACGCUCCUACCUCCAAAUCCCUAACCCUCUCUCUCCUCUCAUCGAUUCCACAAAUUUCUGCACACACGACAAACCUACACAUACCCGACUUGUUGGUUUUCAGCUGGGACUCAGAACACGGAGUGAAGCUGAACCGCCUCCCGAUUCACUCAAUCUCUUCUUCCUUCGCGGAUGGUCUGAGGAAACCUUUUAGUAUAGCGGUGCAGUUGGACCAUGGGUAGUAGUGAGAGGGAUAAAUCCCCGAAGGAAGCAAAGGAGCCAAAGACUCCUAGUUCACAGAUUCUGCAGGAACAGGCUACGACUACUGGCACGGUCAAUCCAGAGUGGCCGGGGUUUCAGGCAUUCUCUCCUGUGCCACCACAUGGGUUCUUGGCAUCAAGUCCUCAAGCACACCCUUAUAUGUGGGGAGUUCAGCAUCUCAUGCCGCCAUAUGGUACUCCACCACAUCCUUAUGUUGCAAUGUAUCCACAUGGUAGUAUUUAUGCUCAUCCAUCUAUGCCACCGGGAGCUUACCCAUUUAGUCCAUUUCCAGUGCCUUCUCCAAAUGGUAUUGCAGAGGCUUCAGUUAAUACUUCGGGCAAUGUAGAAGUGAAUAGUAAGGCAUCUGAGGGGAAGGAGAAGUUACCCAUUAAAAGAUCUAAGGGAAGCUUGGGCAGUUUGAAUAUGGUUACAGGGAAAAAUAAUGAACCUGGAAAAGCAUCUGCAAAUGGAGUAUAUUCUAAAAGUGCUGAGAGUGCAAGUGAAGGUUCAAGUGGGGGAAGUGAUGCAAACUCUCAAAAUGAAUCACAAACAAAGUCAGGAGGUGAAGCACCUCAGAAUGGUAAUGCUGCACAUGGUUCUCAGAAUGGAGAGAGUAAUGCUCAUGCAAUGAUGAACCACACUAUGGCAGUUUUGCCAAUAACAGCAGGUGGGACUGCAUCAGGUGUUCCUGGCCCCACUACAAACUUGAAUAUUGGAAUGGACUACUGGGGCUCUGCUGCUUCAUCUGCUAUUCAUGGUAUCCAAGGGAAAGUACCUUCUGCCCCAGUUGCCGGUGGAAUGGUUGCUGCUGGAUCACGGGAGGGUGUUCAACCACAACUUUGGGUUCAGAAUGAGAAGGAGCUCAAGAGGCAGAGAAGAAAGCAGUCCAACCGGGAAUCUGCCCGCCGUUCCAGGUUGCGCAAACAGGCAGAAUGCGAUGAACUGGCACAACGAGCUGAAGCUUUAAAGGAAGAAAAUGCAUCUCUUAGAUCAGAAAUAAAUCGCAUCAAGAGUGACUAUGAGCAGCUUGUUGCUCAAAAUGCAUCUCUGAAGGAAAAACUCGGUGAAGCUCCUGGGAAAGACGACCCCAGGCCGAGCAGGAAUGAACAUCUGGGCACGCAGUCAUCAGAAGCAGAGCCCUUGCAGGGUGGUCAAUGAUGUUCCGACUGCCUUAUUGCAGAUCGAUGAUUCGACCGUUUGGGUUAACUUAAUGACUUGGUAACAGAAAGUAAUUAAUUUAAUUUGCAGAUGAUAUUAGUUUAAAUUUUGCAACAGCGAGGUUUCUAGUUUUCUAGUGUAGGGUUCUGUUUGUCAAAUAUUGUCCAUUGUUUCUCAAAUGUUUUAUGGUUUGAGGAACUCGGAUGGAUGAUAUGUAGAGGUCUUAAAUCUUAAUUAUGCUGCAACCUUGUGUGUUAUAUAAGGGCGGUAUCUCUGUUAAUCUCAUGCUUAUGCUUUGUACCUAUGCACUAAUAUGGUUUUCCUGGGGACAACAAAUUAAAGUUGUACACAUUUUAAUUUUAA